AUGCACUCAACAUUUUGGUGGCUACCACUGAUCGCUGGAGCCGCAGCUAUUCCAGCCGUGAUCCCUGUCACCCCAACCCCCCCCAGCACUAACUCGGUACCAAACUCCGUUUACCUUGGUUUCUUCUUCAGCAUCAAUACCGCAGCCCCUAGUAACCUCCUUGGCGGACUGGCCAACACAAUUCAGACACUUCUGACUGGUCCAUCGGUUACAUCUCCCAACGUCACGUGGCAGACCUGUACUGCGUACUGCUCGGCUUACAAGUACGCUGGUAUUGAAGGGUCGACCUGCCGCUGCGGAAAUGGCUUCGGAUUCACCCCCAUUCGCGCUCUCGACGCAAUCUGUAACCUGACUUGCCCUGGUAGCGCGGCGCAGUGCUGUGGUGCUACCAACCGCCUACUUCUGUUCCAAAUCGUAAAGCCUGUGGUUUCGUCUCUGCCUGCAGUGCAGCCGCCUAGGCCUACUACAACCCAGGUCCCUACAGUCCCUACAAGAUUGCCCACGACCCCAUCUCUCCCCUCUGCAGGCCUUCCAGCUCUUCCCCCUCUGCCUAUUGGCCAGCUUCCCGCACUUGGACAACUGCCCACAGGUGGAUUGCUCGGCGGACUGCCCACAGGUGGAUUGCUCGGCGGACUCCCCACAGGUGGACUGCUCGGAGGCGGAUUGCUUGGAGGUGGAUUGCCCUCUCUUCCCGCAGCAAACCCGCCGACGGGCUCGCUGCCUUCCCUACCUAUCGGUCAACUGCCUGUUCCUAGCAAGCAGCCCACUACCCCUGGAGGUCUCCCAACUCUUCCUAACCUUGGUCUGCCAACUGGAGGUCUCCCGACUCUUCCUAACCUCAGUCUGCCAGCUGUAGGUCUUCCAAGUCUACCUAUCGGGGGUAUUUCUCUUCCUACUGGCGGUCUUCCCACUCUUCCUUUACUGACUCCUCCCAAACUACCCACUGGAGGCGUUCCGACUCUUCCUACUGGAGGUCUCCCAACUCUCCCCUCGUUGGGUCUUCCUACUCUUCCCACUCUUCCCAACCUUGGUCUGCCAACCGGAGGUCUCCCAACUCUUCCUAACCUUGGUCUGCCAGCUGGAGGUCUUCCCACUCUUCCUUUACUGACUCCUCCCAAACUACCUACUGGAGGCGUUCCGACUCUUCCUACUGGCGGUCUCCCAACUCUCCCCUCGCUGGGUCUUCCUACUCUUCCCACUCUUCCCAACCUUGGCCUGCCGGCUGGGGGUCUCCCGACUCUUCCUAACCUUAGUCUGCCGGCUGUGGGCCUCCCAACUCUUCCCUCGCUGGGUCUUCCUACUCUUCCCACUCUUCCCAACCUUGGUCUGCCAACUGGAGGUCUCCCAACUCUUCCCAACCUUGGUCUGCCAACUGGAGGUCUCCCAACUCUUCCUAACCUUGGUCUGCCAACUGGAGGUCUCCCGACUCUUCCUAACCUUGGUCUGCCGGCUGGGGGCCUCCCAAAUCUUCCCUCGCUGGGUCUUCCUACUCUUCCCACUCUUCCCAACCUUGGCCUGCCGGCUGGGGGUCUCCCAACUCUUCCUAACCUUGGUCUGCCAACUGGAGGUCUCCCGACUCUUCCUAACCUUGGUCUGCCGGCUGGGGGUCUCCCGACUCUUCCCAGCCUUAGUCUGCCGGCUGUGGGCCUCCCAACUCUUCCCUCGCUGGGUCUUCCUACUCUUCCCACUCUUCCUAACCUUGGUCUGCCAGCUGGAGGUCUUCCUACUCUUCCAUCGCUCGGUCUUCCAGGUCUGCCUUCUGCACCUAGGCCAACAACCCUCCCUGCCCCAACAACCCUCCCUGCCCCGACAACCCUCCCAGCCCCGACUUUCCCAAUCAAGCAGAUCGCAGCUGCAGACGUAUGCCUUUUACGUCUUCCGGCUGCUGUCCGUCAAGCCGUGGUCAGCGCUUGCUUUUAG